GGAAGAGGAGGAGGAGAAGAAGAAGAGAGAGAGUUUGGAUCAACUUCUGUGGAAACUUUUCUGGCGUUCAACUCAACAUUGAGCCGCGCGAGAGGACGCCGCGGACCCCACAUCGCGCGCGCGGCAGGCUACACCAUAGCAACUCAGACAGGACAAAAUGAAGUUGCUUCUGCUCGUACUUACGACCGCGUUGCUAUGGCAACACUGCCAAGCCCAGCAGAGAGGUCUGUUUCCAGCUGUGUUGAAUCUAGCGACUAUGGCUGAUAUAACAACCAAUGCUACCUGUGGUUCAACGGGUCCAGAAAUGUUCUGCAAGCUUGUGGAGCACGUUCCAGGACAGCCUGUGAGAAAUGCACAGUGUCGAAUCUGCAACCAAAGGAGUGCAAAUCCCACGGAACAUCAUCCCAUAGAAUAUGCCAUAGAUGGAACCAAUCGUUGGUGGCAGAGUCCGUCGAUAAAGAAUGGAAUGGAGUACCACUAUGUGACAAUCACACUGGACUUGAAACAGGUUUUUCAGAUCGCCUAUGUGAUAAUAAAGGCAGCCAACUCACCUCGCCCAGGCAAUUGGAUCUUAGAGCGUUCAAUAGAUGGCGUGACCUUUGAACCCUGGCAGUACUAUGCUAUCACAGACACAGAGUGCCUGACAAGGUUCAACAUAUAUCCACGGACAGGACCUCCAUCCUACACCAGAGAUGAUGAAGUCAUCUGCACGUCGUUUUACUCAAAGAUUCACCCACUGGAGAAUGGAGAGAUACACACCUCUCUGAUCAAUGGUAGACCCAGUGCAGAUGACCCCUCGCCAACUCUCCUGAACUUCACGUCCGCCCGCUACAUCAGGUUGGUGUUUCAGAGAAUCAGAACGCUGAACGCCGACCUCAUGACUCUGACACUCCAUGACCCCAAAGAUAUGGAUCCUAUUGUGACGAGACGGUACUACUAUACCAUUAAGGACAUCUCAGUUGGAGGGAUGUGCAUCUGUUUUGGCCAUGCAAAAGCUUGUCCACUCGACAGUGUUACAAAGAAGUUUAGCUGUGAAUGUGAACACAACACUUGUGGGGAGAGCUGUGAUCGCUGUUGCCCAGGUUACCACCAGCAGCCUUGGAUGGCAGGAACCUUCCUCACUCGACAUGUCUGCGAGAAGUGUAACUGCCACGGUAAGGCAGAAGAAUGCUACUUUAAUCAAACAGUGGCAGAUCUGUCGCUCAGCCUGGACAUUCACGGUCAGUACAGAGGGGGCGGAGUCUGCAUAGGCUGCCAUGACGACACGGCUGGCAUUAACUGUCAGAGCUGCGUUCCUGGGUUCUACAGACCUGCUGACGUGAGCGCUGAGGAGGAGAACCCCUGCAUCCCCUGCUCCUGCGACCCCUAUGGUUCCAUCAGCCAAACGUGUGUCGCAGAUUCGAGCCAAGCUACGCCCCGCCAGCCAGCAGGGUCAUGCUGGUGUAAGGAGGGUUUUGGGGGUCUGAGAUGUGACAGGUGUGCUAUUGGGUAUAUGGGCUACCCAUACUGUGAGCGCUGUAACUGCAGCGUGGAAGGAAGCGUCAACGCUGACCCAUGUAUAACACCCUGUAUAUGCAAGGAAAAUGUGGAGGGGGAAAACUGUGACCGCUGUAAGCUCGGAUUCUACAAUCUUCAAGAGUCCAACCGACGCGGCUGCGAAAAGUGCUCCUGCAUGGGCGUUUCCAGUCACUGCACUGCCUCCACGUGGACCUAUCAGAAUGAGACCACUCUGACAGGCUGGCACCUGGUUGGCAACACAGGAGGGAGGGUGUGGUCCGUUCACAGAGAGACCCCUCCGUAUCUCAGCGUGCGACACUUAGAUGUUGUGGACGAUCUUGGCACCGCCUACUAUUGGAAUGCACCUGGACUAUACUUAGGAAACAAGCUUUCAGCCUACGGUGGGAAUGUAAUCUUCACCGUGUCUUAUACUGUAGACCAGCAAGAAGAAGAGAGCAUCAGAGUCACAUCAGAGCCUGACUUAAUCAUAGAGGGAGGAGGGAUGAAGAUUAAUUACAAAAGGUUUGGCGAGCCUGUCUACCCAUCCUCACCCAGCACCAGUCACAUAGUUCUCCUGCCGGAGAACUUCCAGGUUUCAGAGACGGCACAGCCAGUUAGUCGGAGAGAUUUCUUGUCUGUGCUGGCAAAAGUGACGAGUGUGAUGGUGCGGGCCUCUUACAGCACAGAACGCAGCGCUGUUUACAGACUCCACUCAUUUUCUAUGGAGGUAGCAAAUCCCACUGCCAGAGGAGAGAGGAGAGCAUCAGCUGUAGAAGUGUGCUCUUGCCCUUAUGGAUAUGCUGGAACUUCCUGUGAGGCGUGUGCGCUUGGUUUUCGGAGGGUAAACGGGAAUCUCUAUAACGGGGUGUGUGAACCUUGUCACUGCCAUGGACACACAACACAAUGCCAUGAAGUCACGGGGCAUUGCUUGGACUGCUCCCACAACACCGCUGGCCCCUACUGUGACACCUGCCUGCCAGGUUACUAUGGCAACGCCACCCGUGGGUCACCUGCAGACUGUCAACCCUGUGCCUGCCCGCUCAAUAUUCCCAGCAACAACUUCAGUCCAACCUGCCACUUGAGUCAAGACGGAGAGCUGCUGUGUGAUCAGUGUCGGCCUGGCUACACAGGACCACGAUGCGACAGAUGUUCCAAUGGAUACUACGGUCAGCCCACUGUACCAGGGGGAUCCUGCAGGCUGUGUGAUUGCAAUGGCAACCUGGACCUUUCCAUACCUGGGAGCUGCGAUCCAAAUACAGGCCGGUGCCUGCGGUGUCGCCAGGGUUAUGGUGGUGAAGCUUGUGACAGCUGCGCUGUAGGUUAUUAUGGAGACGCCAUCAUAGCGAAAAACUGCCAAUCGUGCCAGUGCCAUACUAAUGGGUCUAUUUCUGAGGUCUGCAACCAGGAGACUGGAGAGUGCCGCUGUAAAGAAAAUGUGCUUGGACAGAAGUGUGACAAGUGCAGGCCUAACAGCUGGUGGGAUGCUGAGCAUCAGGGGUGCAUGCCCUGUCGCUGCAGCCCCUACGGAUCUAUUUCUCAGCGCUGUGACGUCGAAGGCCGCUGCGUCUGUCGCCCUGGCUUCGUGGGCCGACGCUGUGAUCUCCGUCGCCUAGGUUACGAAAGGCGGGAGACACGGCGGCCUGUGGAGCGCAUCUCAGUGGACUCUGCACAGCAGAGAUGGGGGGGAAUAUCCCGCACGGGUGGUUGUCCCAGGGGCGCAUAUAGGCCUAAGGCUGGGACUCAUGGCCUUACCACAGGUGGAACCUGCAUCCCAUGUCACUGCAAUUCAUAUGGUUCCAAGUCAUUCGACUGUGAUGAAAACGGUCAGUGUCGGUGUCAGCCUGGCGUCACUGGACCCAAAUGUGACCGGUGCUCACGAGGAUAUUUCAACUUUCAGGAGGGAGGGUGCACGCCCUGUCAAUGCAGUCAUGUGGGGAACAACUGUGAUGCUAACACUGGACAGUGCAUCUGUCCUCCGAAAACAAUCGGUGAGAGGUGUGAUCGCUGUGCUCCCAACCACUGGGGGCAUGACAUCGUAACUGGAUGCAAGGAGUGUGGCUGCAAUGUGAUCGGUUCAGUGACCCAGCAGUGCAACGUAAACACAGGCUGCUGCAUCUGUCACGACUCCUUCAGAGGAGAUAAAUGCAAUGAAUGCCAGAUUGGAUACAGAGACUUUCCUCAGUGCAUCCAGUGCAAGUGCAACAUCGCAGGAUCGGACAGCCAGACUUGCGACCAGGAGAGAGGAGCCUGUGGCUGUGCAGAUCGAACAGGAAAAUGUAGCUGCAAGGAAAAUGUGGAGGGAGACUACUGCGAUCGCUGUAAGCCCGACGCGUUUGGGUUAUCCCUACGAAACCCGCUGGGCUGCAGCAGGUGUUACUGUUACGGAUUGACCCACUUCUGCACAGAGGCGCAAGGACUGAUCAGGAUGUGGUUAACACUGAAGCCGGAGCAGACGGUGCUCCCCUUGGUGGAUAAAUCCAACGCCGUGGAGACGAGAACAGGAGUUAGCUUCCAACAUCCUGAGAUCAUCGUUCAUGCAGAACUUAUCACCUCAGCUCUGUCUGAACCCUACUACUGGAAACUGCCUGAGCAGUUCAAAGGCUCUAUGAUCACAGCAUAUGGGGGGCAGCUGAAAUAUGCUGUGUACUAUGAGGCCAGAGAAGAAACUGGUCCUUCCUCCUAUGAGCCUCAGGUCAUUAUUAAAGGUGGUCCUAACCACAACAUGGUGAUGACACGCCACAUAACAGGACUCCAGAUUGGUCAGCUCACCCGCCAUGAGAUUGACAUGACAGAGCAUGAGUGGAAAUUUGCAGAUGGUCGGACUAUGACUCGAGAGGACUUCAUGGACAUUUUGUUCUAUGUGGACUACAUCCUGAUUAAGGCAUCGCACGGCAACUUGAUGAGACAAAGCCGUAUUUCAGAGAUCAGUCUGACAGUGGCCGAGGAGGGCAUACCAACCAAAGAAAGCGAGAAAGCCCACCAGAUAGAGAACUGUGAUUGUCCAAUUGGAUACUCUGGACUUUCCUGUGAGGAGUGUGCUGCAGGAUUCUACCGUCUUCGCAGCGGUUUCCUGGCAUCUGCUCCAGCGUCCAGAGUGCCCACGGCUACAGGCAUGGCCAGCUGUGUUCAGUGUCAGUGCAGUGGGCACUCCUCCUCUUGUGACCCUGAGACAUCCAUAUGCCAGAACUGUCAAGACAACACAGAGGGUGAUCGGUGUGAACGCUGUGCACCGGGAUUCUACGGCGUGGUCCGAGGUUCUCCUGAUGACUGUAAACCCUGCGCCUGCCCCCUUACCAACCCACAGAAUAAUUUCAGUCCCACCUGUGUAGCAGAGGGGUUUGAUGACUACCGCUGCACUGCCUGUCCUGAAGGAUAUGAGGGCAAACACUGUGAGAGGUGUGCCACUGGUUACCACGGUAACCCAAGGAUACCAGGCAGCCACUGUGAGGAGUGUAAGUGUUCCUUGUGGGGUGCGUUGCCCGGACCAUGUGACCCUGUCACGGGCCAAUGCCGUUGCAGGGUUGGGGCAUCUGGGAUGACGUGUGACCAGUGCAUGGAUAGGCAUGUGUGUGGACCAUCUGGGAUCAUCUCCUGCGAUGAUGAGUGCUCUGGUUUGUUGAUCAGCGAUAUGGACCGCCUGUUACGCAUCAUCAAUGAGGUCACUUUGACGACACCCCUUCCACCACCUUAUAAGGUGUUGUACCGAUUUGAGAACAUGACAGAGGAGCUCAAGCACAUGUUGUCGCGUCAGAAAGCUCCAGAGAGAUUACUGCAACUGGCUGACUCCAACCUGGGAUCACUGGUUACAGAGAUGGACCAGCUACACAGCAGGGCCACUAAGGUGUCUGCUGAUGGAGAGCAGGUUGAGGAUGAUGCUGACAGGAUUCAUAAACGAGCCGAGGACCUGGAGCAGUUCAUCAGGGACACACUGCUCGGAGCUAAAGACCUCGAAUCAAAGGCUGCUGAGUUGAAUCAGUCUCUUUCACGGAGAGGUGGGACUCCAGAAAAAAGCCUGAGCGAGAUGAAGGAGGAGAUCCAGGCUAUGCUGCAUGAGAUGAGGCAACGACAGCUGGGAGGGAAGAAAGUUAUUGCAGAGGAGGAAAACAAUUUAGCAGAAGAGUUGUAUCAGAAAGUCCAAAGACUCUUUGGUAAACCGCAUCAGGCCACUGAAGACCUCAAGGCAGAGAUAAAAGGGAAGCUUUCGGACCAUGAGGAGAAGCUCAGGGAUGCCCAUGGGCUGCUCAUCUUUGCCCAGGGACAGACAAGUCUGGCUGGCUCACUGGCUUACCAAAACCAAGCUAACCUCACAGCCCUGGAGAGGAAGCGAUCUGCAGUCAGCGGAGUGAAACAGGAAGGACAGAAGGUUCUUAGAGAAGGAGAACGUCUACUGGGUGAAGCAAACCAGCUUUCUAACAACGUCAACAAUGAGAUCGAGGACUUGGAGAAAAUGGCGAGUGAGCUCGGUACUCUUCAUGACCAACUGGAUGACAGAGUCAGUCACCUCACUUAUGGUUUGAGUGAUGGUCGCCUGGCUUAUCGCGUGCAGGAUGCAGAGGAACAUGCCAAGCAACUUAACGACUCUGCAGCCAUUUUAGAUGGUAUUUUGGCUGAAGCUAAAAACCUUUCCUUCAAUGCGACAGCCGCCUUCAAUGCCUACAGUAACAUUAAAGCGAAUGUUGAUGCAGCAGAGAAGGAGGCAAAGGCAGCCAAACAGAGGGCGAGCGAGGCGCUGGCACUGGCUUUAGGUCCAGAGAUCCCAGUAAAGGAAGCAGCUCAAGAUGCCCUGCAGAAGAGUCAUGUACUGUUGGAUCAAGCUAAACAACUUCAAAAUGAGGCCCAAGAGAAUGCAGCUGGUGUGGCCGGGCUGAAGGGCAGAGUUAAAGCAGCGAAAGACAAAACCAAAGACCUGCUGAAAGCUGUCAAUGGAACCAUGGCAACGCUCAACGCCAUCCCCAACGACACAGCAGCUAGGCUAGCAGCCACAAAGGCUGUAGCAGCGGAUGCUAAUGCCACAGCCAUUGACGUCCUGGAGCGUCUUGGAGAUUUGAACCUGCGACUUGGUGGACUAGAGCGCAACUACACUGACCUGAAGGAGACCGUCAGCGAAGCCAAUCAGAUGAUCCAGGACCAUGAGAAAAACACAAUCAUUCAUGCUGCAGGAGCAAAAGUGAAGGAUUUGGAGGACGAAGCUGACAGGCUGUUGGAGAAGCUGCAGCCAAUCAAAAAGCUACAGGACAAUUUGAGGCGUAACAUCUCCCAAAUAAAGGAACUGAUUAACCAGGCCAGGAAACAAGCUAAUUCAAUCAAAGUGUCAGUGUCUUCGGGAGGUGACUGUCUCCGUAGUUACCGCCCUGAUAUCCGAAAAGGGCGAUAUAAUACCAUCAUUCUUCAUGUCAAAACCACCACACCUGAUAACCUGCUAUUCUACCUGGGAUCAGCCAAAUAUGUUGAUUUCUUGGCAUUGGAGAUGCGCAAGGGGAAGGUGAAUUUCCUUUGGGAUGUGGGUUCAGGUGUGGGGAGGGUCGAAUAUCCCCAUCACACCAUCCAUGAUGGAAACUGGCACAGGAUCGAGGCGUCUCGCAAUGGGUUGAAUGGUACCAUAUCAGUAUAUCCUCUGGAAGGCUCUAUGGCUGGUAUGAUGCCGACCCCAGCCAGUGCCAACUCGCCCACGGCCUUCACCAUCUUGGAUGUAGACCAGAACGCCUACCUGUUUGUGGGAGGGAUAUUCGGCUCUGUCAAGAAGGCAGAGACAGUAAGAACAACAACUUUCACAGGCUGCAUGGGGGAGACCUUCCUGGAUGGUAAACCUAUCGGACUGUGGAACUACAGAGAGAGAGAGGGAGACUGUAAGGGAUGUGUCGUCAGCCCCCAGCGUUCCCACGGUGAAGGGACCGUUCAACUGGAUGGAGAAGGCUACGCUGCAGUGGGACGACCCACCAGGUGGAACCCAAAUGUCUCCACCAUCACUUUCAAGUUCCGCACGUUCUCCUCUGAUGCUCUGCUCAUGUACAUGGCUGCUGAAGACAUGAAGGACUUCGUGUCUCUGGAGCUGUCAGAGGGUAAAGUGAAGGUUAACUUUGACCUUGGAUCUGGAGUCGGCAGUGCCAACUCAUCUAAGCGCCAUAAUGAUGGCCACUGGAAAUCCCUCACCAUGUCGAGGAACAAGAAACACUCCACGGUGUCCAUAGUAGACAUCGACAGCAGUGACGAGGAAAAGAUUGUGGCCACAUCUCUGGGGUCAGCUACUGGUCUGAAUCUUAAGGAGCACCAGAAAAUCUAUUUUGGAGGUCUGCCAACGAUUGGAAAUUACAGCAUUGCAGCCAGGUCAGAGGUCAUUCUGAAGAGGUAUGCGGGCUGUCUCCGGGACAUUGAAAUCUCCAGAACGCCAUAUAACCUUCUGAGCAGCUCAGAUUAUACUGGUGUCACUAAAGGAUGUAAUGUAGAGAACCUGCACACAGUCAGUUUCUCUAAGCCAGGAUACAUGGAGCUGAGUGGUCUAUCGCUGGCCGUUGACACAGAGAUCAGCCUGUCAUUCAGCACUCUAGAAGACACUGGGACCAUACUGCUGGCAGUAGGCGGAGGGUCACCAAACAGACAGAAGGCCCGCUCCACAAGCCUUUCAAAGUCCAAGAGGAAGAGAAGACAGUCAGGAGAGCCCUACCUCUCAGUCAUGCUGACCAGAGGUUCGCUGGAAGUCGUUGUGUCUACCGGCAGCCACAAUCGGCGACAAGCCACCAGACGACCUGAACAAGGCACGCUGAAUGAUGGCAGAGAGCACACACUCCGCAUAGAGAGGCUAGCUGGCAGAUCUUUUGCCAUCCAGGUGGACGAUGAAGCCAGGAUGCAGGGCGUGCUUCCCAAUGACCAGCCAUUGAACUUGCAGCGUAUCUUCCUUGGUGGUAUUCCCGCAGAAGUAGAGCAGACCUCCAACAGAGCCAACAUCCCCUUCAAAGGAUGCAUAUGGAACCUCAUGAUCAAUGCUGUUUUGUCAGAUUUCUCUCAGCCUGUUUCCUUUGAGAAUGCUGAAAUUGGUCAGUGCCCCAACCUCGCCCCACCGCCACCUCCACCUCCUCUACCAGAAGAGAAGGAGCUUGAGAAAGAAAAAGAGGAUUCAAAGCCCUCAACCCCCAUCUCACCACAUCCAAGUCCUCCUGCUGAGGCCACGCCCCCUUCCCCACCUGCUGCUGCAACCCGUGCACCUGCUACUGUAGCACCGUCCAGUGAUAAACAGAAACCCAGCUCAGAUGUGGAAUCAUGUGCAUCAGCUGUGGCCCCAACAGCACUUGAGAAGGCCUAUCAGUUUGGAUUGACCAGAAACAGCCACAUGAGCUUCGCCUUUGAUGACAACAAUGUCAGAGACAAACUGAAAAUUGAGUUUGAGCUGAGGACAAAGGAGUCAUCCGGUCUUAUUUUCUACAUGGCAAGAAUCAACCAUGCUGACUUUGUUUCCAUACAGAUCAAGAAUGGUCAGGUUUGUCUGGGUUAUGAUCUUGGCCAUGGAAACAUAUCUGACUGUGUCCCAUACUCCAUCAAUGAUGGGAGCUGGCAUAAGAUCAGUGUAACGCGUGACAGGCAGAGAGCCACGCUUAUUGUGAAUAGGCGGUUCCAAAAAAUGAUGUCAAGUCCAAAGAAGGCUGACCUGUUAGAUGUGGUGGGGAUUUUGUACAUUGGCGGAUUACCACAAAACUAUACCACAAAACGAAUAGGACCGAUUCUCUAUAGUAUCAAUGGAUGUAUUCGUGACCUUAGGGUGGCUGGAAGCCCUGUAGGAGGUGUUUCAGGUUCUUCUGAGUCCAUGAUUGACUUUAAACUAGACAUGGCCACGCCCACAUCCAGUCAUAUGGUUGGAAGGUGCUUCGUUGCUACCGAGACAGGCACUUAUUUUGAGGGCACUGGCUUUCUAAAAGCAGUCUCAUCCUAUAGAGUGGGUCUGGAUGUGUCCAUAGCACUAGAGUUCAGAACCAGCAGAACCAGUGGAGUGCUUUUGGCAGUCAGUAAUCAAGGCAAUGAUGGACUGGGGCUAGAAAUUGUCGAUGGCAAGCUGCUCUUCCAUGUUGACAAUGGAGCUGGGCGCUUUACGGCGGUGCGCGUUCCUCAGGGAGAAGGCUUCUGUGAUGGACAGUGGCACUCCGUCACCGCCACCAAGAAACGAAACAAGCUGGAGUUGGUGGUUGAUGGGAAGCAGAGCGAAGCAGCCAGUCCGUAUGCACAGUCUGUCACCUGUGACACCAGCGACCCCAUAUAUGUUGGAGGAUAUCCUGCUGGAGUUCACCAGGCAGCUCUUUCUACCAGCACCUCUUUUAAUGGUUGUAUAAGAAACCUGAAGAUCACCAAGUCUUCUAAGACCAUGGAGGUGCACUUCAACAAGGCUCUGGAGAUUAGAGGAGUCCAGCCUCUUUCCUGUCCCGCUGUCGCUGCCUAAUUCUCCUUACUGCUUUUCAAUAAGGUCUCAGCUUUCCCAAGGCACCUUAUGCCAAUUUAUGUGUUGACCCAUUUCCUCAGAGUGAAUUUGUGUGUUAGCUGUGCAGUCAUUACUCUUUUAAGCCCUGGAACUCAUGACACGUUUCUCUAUUCCCAAAUUAGUGUACCUUUACAGCCAUUCAUUAAUUCAUUUCAUUUCACAAUUCAUUUGUUUGGUGUAAGUACCUAAAAAAUAAGUGCCCAGCUCAGCUACACUUUUUGCAUUGUAACAUCAAAAAUGUCUUUCUGAGCGUUUUUCUUCACUCAAUUUAAAAUAUAAACAAUAACAAGUCUAACCAAACAAGUAUUCUGAUGCUACCAACAUGCGAUAUUGCAAUCCAUCCAUCUUCUUCUGCUUAUCUGGGGCCGGGUCGCGGGGGCAGCAGCCUAAGGAAACCUCCCUCUCCCCAGCCAUCUCCUCCAGCUUGUCUAGGGGAACACCAAGGCGUUGCCAGACCAGCCGAGAGUUAUAAUCUCCCCAGCAUGUCCUGGGUCUGCCCGAGGGCCUCCUCCCGGUGGGACGUGCCCAAAACACCUCUCCCAGGAGGCAUCCUUGCCAGAUGCCCGAACUGCCUCAACUGCCUCCUCUGGAGGAGCAUCGGUUCUAUUCUGAGCCCCUGCUGGAUGGCUGAACUUCUCACCCUAUCUCUAAGGGAGAGGCCAGCCACCCUUCGGAGGAAGUUCAUUUCUGACGCUUCUUUCUUUCGGUCACUACCCACAGCUCAUGACCAUAGGUGAGGGUAGGGACGUGGAUCGAACGGUAAAUCGAAAGCUUUGCUUUUACACUCCACCCAUCCCAGUUCUUCAAAUAUAAUCUUAAACAUCUACUAAGAAGUUGUCAGUUUAUUAUCAGACCAGCGCACAAUGUGAAGCUCUGAUCAAUAAAUUUGUAAUGGAUAUAAA